UAACCCCUACAGCGCGGCGGCCGCUGGCAAAUUGUGUGUCCUAGAACCACCCGAAGGGCCCACUGACUGAGGAAGCAGCGCAGGAGUCGGUCUGCGAUGGCUUCGCAAGGAGCCACUCUUCAGAACUACAACAACGAGCUCGUGAAAUGUACGCAGCUGUGUCUAUGAGGAAACAUGCCGGUAAAAAAGGUUGCGACGCGCCGGCGGGACGGGCCGCGCCCAUGACCAUCCUGCGGCGCCGCGCCGCAGCCCCGCCGCGGUACGCGCGUCGCGACUAGCCGUCAGUUCGCGCGCCGGCCGCCGCCGUCGUUAACGUUGGCGGCGAAAGGCUGCCAAGCGGACGACGCGGCGCGGGCGGCGCGCGCGAGGCGGUGACGGCGCGCGCGCCGAGGUGUGACACGCCGCGCCGCGCCGCCGCGACACACACACACGAGUGGAACGCAGGGACGCAGGGACGGGCGGCUCACCGUCCCCGAACGCGCAGGCAUCGAGGACCUCCGGGAAAAGCGCGAGGCCGUGAACACGGCCAUCCUCAAGGAGGAGGAGGAGAAGGCGAAGAUCCAGAAGGACCUGUCCAUCCUCACCGAUAGGCUCAGCAAAAUCAACGAGGCGCUCGCGCGACGAGUCAUGGCGCGGAACGAGUACGACAAGACGAUUCAGGAGACGGAGGCGGCCUACAUGAAGAUCCUGGAGUCGUCGCAGACGCUGCUGCACGUGCUGAAGCGCGAGACGGUGAACCUGACGAAGAAGAAGCAGUACUCGUCCUAGCUUUUUUUCCCGUCCCGCUUUGAGUAAAAUACACGUUCAAAACACGCUUCUCUUAUGCUAGCCCUAGGGAGCGCUAUUACGUGCGGGUUUGCGGCCGAGCCGAUUUGGAUUUGGAGCCAAAGAGAGCGCGCGCUUGCAAGGCUCGCGAAGCUACACUGCUCGCAGGCGUAUUUUGGACCAGUGCUUGGCCUCGGCAGCAAUUCGCUUGAGCACGAACCGCACUGGUGCCAUAAAAAAGCACAAGCCACACAAGCCAUACAGCUGUAAAGCAGCAGACGAACCGCACUGGUGCCGGAGCCAAGCACCUCUGAGAGCCAGCAGAAAUGAUGGCACGCGUGCAUGUGAUGGCGCUCUGCGCCGCGGCGUCGGCGCUGCGGCCCACCGCCCGCCGCACGGCUUUGCGGCUAGGCACCGCCUCCAUCAUACAAAUCGCGCUGCCGGCACUCGCGGACACCGAAAUCGACAUGGACAAGAUCCGCGCCCUCGCCGCGAAGAAGGGCUCCAUGGACAUGAGCCUCCCGGGGCUCGGGAAGGACCCUUCGAAGGAAAAAGCUUUGGUCGACGUCGUGCUCGGCGCGAACGGCGCCGUCGUCAAGUUGGACCCGGACGAGGUGCGGGAGAUGGAGCGCAUUGGAUUUUUAGUGAAGGACUCGUUCCGGGGGAGGGCCCCGGACUUCUGGAGUCUGCGCGAUUUCCAGCCCCCGAAAUGGUACUCGGAGCCCGUGGACCGGUUUUAUGGGAUGAGUGUGGCGGGCUUCACGGUACCCGCGGCCGAGCGGUCCGCGGCGAACGAGCAGUACGCCGCGUCCCUGCGGCGUAGCGUCGCCGAGAAGGUCGCUUCUGUCGCUUCUCAAACACCUCCCUCAAACUGGGAGGUGCCGGUCCAAGACGACGGCAAGUAUUGUGGGUAUGGCGACUACCGGUCGCUCUGUAGUGAAAAGACGAAGGGCCAGAAAUUUAUUGAGGAGUACUUGAAUCCGACGCCCAAAAACGCGCCGCCGCCGGUCAAGCUCCAGGUCGAGAACCCCAUCGAGAAAUUCAGCAAGGGCUUCUCGUCCGGUGAAAGGGGGCUGCCGUCCUUGCCCCGGCUGCAGAUCAUGUCGGAGUAAGGAGCUGAUAUAUA